AUGCACUAUUCGACAUACAAAGCAAUUCCUUCUUGGGCUCCUAUACCGACCGAAAAUAAACGAGGUGCUGCAGAAGCUGAGCAGAAAAUUAAAGCAUCGAUAACGAAAGUGGUGCACCGCGACGAACUGCAGGCAACAUCACUCUGUAGGUUGACAGUUCAGUCCGGAAUUCACGUCUUCGAUGUGGAAUUAGUGGAAGAACUGGCGCUAUUUCGCAGCACCGUCAGUGUUUUCAACGUGGAAGAACCGCGCCCAUUUCUUCACCAUUGUAUGGAAAGAAAUGGCAUGCAGGUGCAAAACACCGUUGUUAACGACAGGAAAACGCUACCCUGGUUAAACCAGGGUGAGGAAUGGAGCGUGCAUUCUUUCUUCUUGUAG